UGCCUGCAGAGUUUUCCGUCCAGUGUCAGAGUAACAUCGUAAACCAGGACCACCUGACCGUGAAGUCCGAACUAAAUGGAAGCAGCAGAGAAAACUCUCACCUAUCGAGAUGACACCGGACUUCACAGCAACAAGCUGCUUAAACCGAUCAAAAAGGAGGACACCAGGGGUCAGGACACCGAGAAAAACAGCGACGAGUCAAACUAUGUGGAUCUGGACAUGAGACCCGACGGGCUGAAGACGGUGAAAGUGACUUUCACCGGAAAGGGGAACCAGCUGUCCGUGAGUAAAGGAGACAGCUCGAAGCAGGAUGAGAACAAAUCCACUUCAACCGAGUCCCUGUUGGACACUUUGACGCAUCUGCCCACCGCUGACCCGGAGUCGGAGAGCGAGAAGCAGGAGGAGAACAAAUCCACUUCAACCGAGUCCCUGUUGGACACCCCGACCCAGCUCCCCACCGCUGACCCGGAGUCAGAGAGCGAGAAGCAGGAGUUUGACUCCAGCGAUUGCAGCGAGAGCGGCGAGCUGCGCUACACCGACAUGUGUCUGAACGGCAGGAGCGACUCCGAGCUGUCCGAGUCCCACUACAUCACCACGCAUGAGAUCCAGCUCACCGAGUUGGACCACGACGUGGACUACGACCUGGGCCGGGGGACGCGCUGGGAGUUCGAGGACGGCAACCUGGUCUACGCCUUUGUGGAUUACGCCUCUUUUGAGAGCGACGAGACCCAGGAGGGCACCCUGAUCCUGGAGGGCGGCCGGAGCCAGGCGAAGCCGCAGUCUAAUCUUAGCGGAGCGGCUGUCAGCACCGAGCAGGAGGAGAGCGAUCUGUGCGCCAGCUCUGAUGAGAGCCUGUGCAGAACACAGAGCGAGCAGUCAGCGGGGAAAAUCCACCUGUCCAUUAAAGCUUCCUCCAGGACGCUGAACGACCCUGCAGACGUGUUUGACAAUAACGCGCAGUGGUUAUCUCCGAAACACAUCGGAGAUGGGAGCCAUUUCUCCUUUGUGAACCCUGGCGCCAGAGCGGGGCCCCUGUGUGAUAGGGGUCAAUAUUUCAUCCCAGCUCCGGGCCGUCAGCACCUCGCAACCAAGCUGAGACGGAAAGAUAUUAAUGAGUACUCCAGCGGAGCGUCUAGCUCCAUUAGUGAACUGGACGACGCUGAUAAAGAGGUGCGUAACCUAACCGCCAAGUCCUUCCGAAGCUUGGCAUGUCCCUACUUUGAUGCCAUCAAUCUCAGCACUUCCAGCGAGUCAUCCAUGUCGGAAUAUGGCCUAAAUAAGUGGUCAACGUAUGUGGACUGGAAUUAUGGAAAUAUCACGCAUAAUACCUCCAGUGCGACACUGGCAAUGAACAAGACUGUGGACAGCAGGGCGAAUAACAGGUGCAAAACUGGGAUUAAAGAUAAACAGACAAGAAUCUGUGCACUGAAUAAGAGAAUAACUUCACAGCAGACAUCUACUGGCAGAAAAUUCCAAAUGAAAGAGCAGUCGGCACAGCAAGGAGUUACCCUAAACUUUCAUUGUAAUGUGGAAUCCAGAACUCCCAUGAGCCCCAAGUGUUUUCAAAAGGACCGACCCAAUGAGGUGUUGGCCAGAUCAGGGUGUGAGAUGCAGUAUCAUCACACAGAUGGUUCAGGGGACACACAUAAGCGGGCUAUUUUUGCCUCAAGUCUGCUGAAAAAUGUCAUUUCCAAAAAAAUGCAGUUUGAACAGGAACGCAAAAUGGAGAGAGGGGAAAUCUCAGAUACCCAUCCUUCAGUGUCCUCUUGUAUUCAAAUCAAAGACUUGGAGGGUGGGAAGGAGAGGAGUGAGAGCAGAGGUCUGCAGGGGCAAACCUCUGAGUUAGGAUUCACCGGAAACUCCCCCACUGAUCACAGACCCAGCUCCUGUGGGCCUGCAGAGGAUUCAAAGGGUGAUAAGAAGACUACUGAUUGUUCUGUGGAGCACCAAGAAGCACCACAGGAGCCACAGAUUAGCAAGGAAGGAGAGCCUGCAUCUGUGAAAGAUUCUCAAAACACAGCAAGGGAAGACCUGGACAGCAGCAGCGUUUUAACAAAACUUCUUUUUGUUCCAAACUGCCAGCUACUUUCAAAAGACGGAAGCCUGGCAGAGGAUUUAAACCCCCACACACCUAACACAGGUGCAAAGUCAUGUGGGAAGGAGCUGCAAAAGGUAGAUGAUACAAAUACAGAGGGUAAAGAAAAAAAUGAGAGGGUAGGAAAACCACCCGAGAUUAAAAUCUGCCUUAGAAAUGUAAAAGAAACCAAAGGCUGCACACUGAAUAUUGCAAAUCUUCUUACUCCUAAAAUCAGUUAUAACGUCAAUAAAUUCAGGGCAGGAGACAACGGUAGGUGUCAUGUUUUGUCCUCAGCAGACAAGGCUCCGAGCUUCACUGUUAGAAACAUCAGGGACACAAAGUGCAAGUUUCAGACACCAAUAUAUCAUGUUAGGGAUGUGCGCAAGUUGGUGAAAAGUUCAUAUCGUUUUGUCUCUUUGGACAGAAGUGAUCAGGGAUGUUCUACAGUAGCUGAGGAGAAAACCAAAGUGGAGCCAGAUAAACCAUCCCCUAUGGUGAUCAAAUGCAACUCUGUUAAAACAAACAUCAAAUCAGAGACAGAUGACACGGCCCAGGCACAGGUGGAGGCGGAUACACACUCUGAGACAUCCAGCAGAAUUCCCACAGUUGUAACAAAGCAAGGGAACCCAGAUCUAUCUGAGAUGCAGCAAAAUCCUGAGACCAAACUGGGAAAACAGAGACAGGACAGGUUCACUGGGGAGACAAAUGAGAGAAGAAAUGAUCCUGCAAUGCCAAAACAGGAUGCGCUGGAAAAGCUCAAAGCUGCAGUCAAGACCAUGGAACAGCUUUAUGUUUUCGACAGGAAUGAAUGGAAGCGGAAAACUCAAGCCUCUCAACCGGCCGCAGACAGCCAUGUGCUGCCUCUCCUCACCAAGCAGGAACAGAGACCUCCUGCUGAUCUGGAAGUAAAAAACGGAGGCAGGAUUCCUCCCUUUCUAACAACCAGCAAAGAUACACAGAAAAAACAAUCUCUCAAUAUCAUACAUGUUCCAUAUGACCAUGACACUUUUAAAACACAAUCACAGCAAAGUAAAACCUUCACCAACAAAAGUGCCCUUUAUUUUGGCAAUAAGAAAAAUGUCAGCAUUAAUUCUCAAGAUUCUGCUUUACAAACAUCUGCACUGAAAAGCUCUAAAACAUCGACGAUGAAUCAGGUGUCGGUAAAACUGGUGGAGCAGGACAAAGAGAAAACUAAUUCCAUUGAUCCUACCAAUACAAAAGGUUGCUCCGACCCUGAGAACUACCUAACCAUACCAAGAUGCACAAAUGAAACCAAGCUGCCCAAUCAGAAGUGUGUGUCAAUUGAGGGGGAUUCAAGUUUUAGCAGAGAUAAUCCAGGUGAUACCAAGGUACCUGAAAAAAAGAGGUCUCCUGUAACUGUGGACUGUCCAUCUGCCACCAUCUACCAUCUUCCAACAGUAGCAACAAGUCCUCAAAAACCUCAGCAGGUGUUGUGUUUCUCCCCGUCCAUCCAGAGUAUGUCCCCCACUCUGUCUGGAGGAGAAGCAAUAACUCAAACCCAGCGCAAGAUGCUGCUGGACCCCACAACUGGACAUUAUUAUCUGGUGGACACCCCCAUACAGGCCACCAAGAGACUUUUUGACCCCGAGACGGGAAAAUAUGUGGAUGUCCCCAUGCCUCAUUCACCAGUGGCACAGGUCACACCCAUGCAUUUCCCUCUACCCCCUCUAGCCCUCACCCCCACCUACAUGGUCUACCCAGGCUUCAUCUCUCCCACGUUGGCAGCACAGGCGGUGAUGCCGCAGUCUCCCUGUCACUCAGAGGAUGCAGCAGGAGAAGGCAUCAAAAACAACCCAUUGAGCCAUGGUGCAGAGAAGGCAUACUACAGCGCGACAGCAGAGGCUCAGCAAAGACCUCUUCACUCACCCCUUAGUUUGGGACACGUGACCACCAAAGGAGGGACAGCAAGCUCCAACAGAAAGCCACUUAUCAGCAUAACAACGCAGCAGGGUCCAAGAAUCAUCGCUCCACCCUCAUUUGAUGGAAAAACAAUGAGCUUUGUUGUUGAGCAUCGGUGACCAAAACGACUUCUCUUCAUGCAUAUGACUCUGCAGAGGAAUCUGCGUUCAAUCACCGUAAGUGGAGUUUUCAUCCCUGUGAACCUCUCUCUGGACAACUUCCAUCAUCGUCGUCACCUGUUACUCUCCUCUGCUGUUUGUUCUUGUUUUCUGUAUGCAUUGUAGCACUUUAUAGAUAUGAAUCGUAGAGAUACUUUCCAUUCAGGUGCUGUUUAGAUCGAACUGUAAUUAAAUGCCAUGUGUGCCCUGCAAUCUAUUCAUAAGGAAACAAGACAGUUCUGUUUAAAAUAAAGUGUAUUUUACAGCCAAUCUGUUUUAUUAAUAACUUAAGAUUAUUAUGUAUUUAAAGUGAGACUGUGUUUAAUUUGAAAGCACAAAAUAUGCUCAUAUGAAUGAAAUGUAUGUUCCUUAGAAAUCAAAAGGUAGCAUCAUUAAAAUCAGAAGAUUUGUUUCUAGAGCAUCCUGAGUCUGCUUAAUGACAGUUUAUGCUAUCUGUUAUUAUUAACAAAAUAUUGAUAUUAACAGAGGCAUCAUGUAUGUACUGUAAUACCAACAGGAUUUAAUAUGAAGACAUGUUUGUUCUCUCAUUAUUUUACCUUAAUUGAUAUGGAAUUAUCAUUUUUUUUAUUUUAUCUAGCAGUUAUUAAAUCAAGUAGGAAAUAUAGCACACAUUAAAUAUAAAAGUUGAGGUUUUUAGCUUGCAAAUUAGCAACAUUUUUAAAUUAAUGGAUGCAACUCUAACCAUUGGAAUACUUUCAAUGUGAUCCUUAGUGUGUUCAGGAAAAUGCAUGAACAGACAUCAGUGGUAUGAUGAAGCAGUGUUGUGGGUUGAGGCAAAUUCUCCUUAUUAGUCUAUAAGUGAUGGAUUAAUGGAAAGCUAAUAACAGUUAACUCAGACCUGUAGUGUUUGUUAGGAGAAUUAGCAGACCAGUUAAGUUUCCACAGACAGAAUGCAGAAUGUUUCAACUGUGUUCUUUGGGGUUACAGGUUUGAAGAACCAGAUUUACUAGUCAACAAGUAGAUAAUUGGUUCACUGCAGUUUGUGCUGCAGCUCUGCUUCAUUCUUAUAGCUUUUAGCUUGCUUGGAAGCAUUUCAAUGUGGUGUUCCAUUUUCUUGGUUGUACUUAGUCAGUAGAAACUACUGGUGCAUUGAUAUGAUGUCUGUAUUUCUGACUUAGAAAUUAGAGGUUUCUCACAGGAACUUCAAAAUCCAACAUGGCUGCCACUUCUUGCCUAUUUGGUAAGAUGUAGUUAUAAGCUGUUUGUUUGGAAUCUAGAUUGUUUGCAUCUCAUUAAAUCAAACAAGCUAACGUUGCUGUAUAUAGGCAAAGAAUUGCCUCAAUAAGUUGUUCAAACUUGAAACUUGGCAACAAUAGGGUUAGCUGUACUUUUGAGUAAACCAUUACCAUGUGUAUUUUAUAAUGUUUGCAAAAAUGAUAGCUUUUGUAUAUAAAAUUCUGAUAUAAUGCAAAAAUAGAAAGAUAAUUUACAAGAGCUGUUUAGCUUUGAACAAACCUCCCCCCUCCUUUGUUGGCACACAUCUAUGGAUAAAUAUAAUUCUGACCUAUCAUCAAUAUCUAUCAGGCUCUUGUUCAGAUUUCUGUGGAGAUAUUCAUGUCAUGCCAAAAAAAAAAAAAAAAAAAGAUCACAGGGUAGGUCCGGAUGACUCUGAAGGAAUUACAUACCCUGUCCUGGAUAGGAAUGCCUCAAGGCCCUCCAAGAAAAAAAAUGAAAUAUUGCUAAAGAGAGAGAGACAUGCUCAGAUUAACACAUGCCUCUAUAAUAUUAACAUGCUAAAGUGUAAAUUACACACAUUUAUUUACCCUUAGUGAUUAAUCAAUGAAUGGAAUGAUGAUGGUGCUGUCUUCUAACAAUGGAAUUAAAAAAGAGAAUAAAUUUGUGGUUCCAAAUGAAAGGAGAUGAUGCCAUGGGACUGUUUAAAUAUUGUAGUAUUGCAGUUAAAGAGGAUAUAAAUGCGCUAAUGGGGAUUUCCCACCUAUUUAUGGAAAGGGACCAUUUCUCUGUAAUGAAUCAUUCGUUCUAUGAUGGAUCUGGUCCAUAUCCUAUUUGAAAUAUUUACAUUUCAAAUUUGUUUAUUUCCACGUAAAUAUUCAUCAUCAAUCAUUAAACAAAACUGUUUUUCUGUCUGCCAUCACAAGAGAAACCUUUUGCUGAGGUUUGUAAAAUGCUCCGAAUGCCUACCUGAAUAAUGUAUAUAUGAAGUGUUUUAUUCUUCUUUCUUCAAUGCACAUCUCUUGUAUUUACCAGUGAGGCAGGAGUAGUAACACUAUGUAUGUUUCUCAGAUGAAAACAGAGCUGCGACUCUGAUUUAGCAGUGUGCUCAGGUCACUAUAAGUAGUGUUGGGGCUAAUGAGUCGGAGCCAGCUGAGACAUUUACAGGAUAACUUCCUCUAUUUGUCUUGGUUCAGUUUACACUUUUGUGUAAUGAGAUGUGCGUGUGCCUGUACGUGUUUGUGGCCGUUAGCUAUGCGUGGCAUUUGAGCAUUCUAUGAGCACAACUAGGAGUUGCGUUUCUUAACUGCAAACAGGAUCACCCCGAGAACACAUGUGUGAAGCAUAUCUUUACAAUUAACACUCACCGUAAUACCAGGUUCUAAAAGACACAGACUGAUGUGAAACCUUUACUAGAAACACUAUACCAGAAGGAUCAAUGUUUUUCGCUUGAUUUUGACUUUUUUUUUUUUAUAAAAGUAAUAAUAUAUUCUGUCCUGUUUCCAGCUGAAUAUGUAGCAGGGCUUCAUUUGCCUUUGUGCUGAUGUAUACCACCAACCCUCUGUAGAUUUGCUAUAUGCAGAAUGUUUCAAAGCGUAGCACAAAAUAAAAGGUAUUUGGAGCUGCUGGUCAGUCUACUUACCUCCAUUUAAAUACAUAUCAGUUCUCCUCUUUCCCUAAAAGUUUAUUUUACUAAGAUUUAUCCAGGUUUUUAACAUAUUUUUUCACUUUUUUAAAGUUCCCCUCAAACGCAUAAUCAAAAAUGGAGCAUUUGGUGCAAUUUGAGGUGAAAUGUUUUAAGCUACUGAGGCUCAUUUAACUGAAUAAAAAGCAAAAUUAUUAUUCACGGUGGGUAAAGUUGACAUAGUUUUUCCAGUGUUGGAUGACUAAAAAUAAUAGUUUUCUCUCUUUUUUAAGAACUUUUUAAGAGCUCUUUUGUAUAUUCCACUGAGACAUGUAAGAAUUAUAUAUUAAAACAGACAUUUGAAAUAUAUUUAGCUUUUAAGCUUUUCUAAAUCUUGCAUUUGGUUAGAUACCAAAUACGAUGGUACGAGAUGGCUUUAACCCCUCAUCAGGAAAGAGUUAUUGGUACUUUUUAAAUUACUUUUUUUUAAAUCAGUACCAUCCAGAAGUGUAAACACCUCUUAAAAUGUGUAUUUAGAAUUGUAUGUGAAGACCAACAAGAAGUAGUGCAUAACUGUAAAAGGGAAGGGGAAUCUGAAGCCUCCAACAACCUUUCCUUCCAAGCUAGCCUGUCUCAUUCUCCCUUCCUAUUAACUCUGCCCAGCUUUCUUGUUGUAAAGGAAAAUUAUUCCGGAAGCACGGUGCCGCUAUAUCUAUAGAGAUAUUGAUUUUCCACAGUGUUUUGAAUGUAAGCCAAAAAAUGAUGAUCUCCUACUUUUGUCAUGUUGCCCUCUUGGUUCCUGGCAAACUGAACACAUGACCUCCUGUUCAGCUUUAUUUAUACUGAGCUGUACACACUGUUUUCCAUCUACCUGCAAAUGUAAUUUCUUGCAAUAAUUUUACUAAGCGGUAUUAGAGUAAAGGGGAAAAUUAUAUGAAAUACCCCCCAACUCCCUGAAAAUGAUGUAGCGAUUAUUCUUAAACCGCACAGUUACGUGCUACUUGUUUUGGUCUCUCACAUAAAAUCUGAAUAAAGUACAUUCAAGAAUGUGGUUGUAACAGGGUAAAAAGCUCAUACAGCAUUAAAAACCAUUAGCAAAGCUCUAACUGUUUUAUAACAUUGUUUAGAUGGACUUCAGGUUUAUGGCAUUACAUGUGAAUGACACACCAAGGGCAGUUCUUAUCUUUUACCUUGACAAAUGAGAGUCACGGUGAGAGGAAACUAAAAUCAGGUGAAACUGUUGAGAAAAAUAACACAUUAAAAACAAACUGUACAAGUAUAGAUGCCAUAAUAAGGUUCUGUACUGUUCGCAUGUCAUGUCAUGAAACCUGACGGAAUUUCGAGAUAAAACAUGGGAAACUGACUCUUAUCCAUGAUCUUGUAUAAGAAAAGAGGAAUCUGUGAGGAUAAAGUUGAGAUGGUCUGAGAUACGUGCAUAGAGAAGGUUUAAAGAUAAGGAGCAGAUGUCUGAAGUCUAUUUAGAUUGAUACCAUCACUGAUUGGAAAUAGUCCUCCAUACCUGUGAGUAGGUUUAAUGAUGGGAAGAGAGGUGUGAUUAUUUUAAGGGGGGAUGCAAAUGCAGUAUUUGCUUUUACUGUACCGAAAGGAAGAAGUGUGAUGGAUAAAUGUAAUGCAGACUUAUGCAUCCACAGUAGUUUGCAAUAAAUUUCAAA